GUAUAUGGAAUCUGGGUCAGCUGUAGCUGGUUAGUGCACUUCUGCACGUGAGGGUAAAACACUGCAGUUUCAAAACCCAUUUAUUUCUCUCUUCUGGAAUAACACAUACUGGAACAUUACUUUUUGCCUUUUUUUUUUUUAAUGAUUAGUUAGCUUGCUUAUCGUAUGGAGAAACCCAAUUCCUCAACACAGCUUGGAGCUAACAGAGAAAGACAAAAGCAGUUUUCAACUUCAACUGCAGAUUAACAAUCCACAGCAUCGGGUAACAUAGGAAGAAAAAGCAACUUGGCCUCUGGAUUUUCCAUCUACCACAGAAGCAAAACAGCUGGAAGAUUUUUUUUCUUGUGUCUUCUGACAGUCAUCGUACUUGCUUUAAAAUGAAGAUAUUUAAAUGGACUUUGGGUGUACUAUUGUUCCUACUGUUGUCCAUCGGGCGCUGUACAGAACAAUCUACGCCUAAUAAAACAUCCCAACGGAGGCAUCCUCGUUCAGCCGAUGGUGGAGAGGAAGGGAAGAAAUGUGGUUACACGUUCUUGGUCCCAGAACAAAAAAUCACAGGGCCAAUUUGCGUGAAUACUAAUGGACCAGCCACUGGUAACAGAAAAGAUGAAGUCACAAGGAUGGACAUAGAGAACUUGAAGGAUGUGCUGUCCAAGCAAAAGCGGGAGAUUGACAUUUUGCAAUUGGUAGUGGAUGUGGAUGGAAACAUUGUGAAUGAAGUAAAAUUACUGAGGAAAGAAAGUCGCAACAUGAACUCUCGGGUCACCCAACUCUAUAUGCAACUCUUGCACGAGAUAAUUAGAAAGCGUGAUAACUCACUUGAGCUUUCCCAACUGGAAAACAAAGUCCUUAAUGUUACAACAGAAAUGUUGAAGAUGGCAACAAAAUACAAGGAGCUUGAAGUAAAAUACGCAGCACUAACUGAUCUUGUAAAUAAUCAGUCUGUCACUAUCUCGCUGCUAGAAGAGCAGUGCUUGAGAAUCUUCUCGCGACAGGACACCCACGGGUCUCCACCUCUUGUUCAAGCGGUGCCACAGCACAUUCCUAACAGCCAGCCGUACACUCCCAUUCUUCUGGGAGGUAACGAGAUCCAGCGAGACCCGGGUUACCCUAGAGACAGAGAUGUAAGGCCACCACCUGAUCCAGCGACUUCUCCUACAAAGAGUCCUUUCAGAGUACCGCCACUGGCUUUAAUUAAUGAGGGUCCAUUCAAAGACUGCCAACAAGCCAAGGAAGCUGGGCAUUCCAACAGUGGGAUUUACAUGAUCAAACCUGAAAACAGUAACGAGCCAAUGCAACUGUGGUGUGAGAACAGCCUGGACCCUGGAGGAUGGGCAGUUAUUCAGAAGAGGACAGAUGGAUCUGUCAACUUUUUCAGGAACUGGGACAGUUACAAGAAAGGAUUUGGAAAUAUUGAUGGAGAGUACUGGCUGGGACUAGAAAAUAUUUACAUGCUUACCAGUCAGGAUAAUUACAGACUAUUGAUUGAGUUAGAGGACUGGAGCAAUAAAAAAGUCUAUGCAGAAUACAGCAGUUUCCACCUGGAACCCGAAAGUGAAUUCUACAGGCUACGCUUAGGAACAUACCAAGGAAACGCAGGCGAUUCCAUGAUAUGGCAUAAUGGAAAGCAAUUUACAACACUGGACAGAGACAGAGAUAUGUAUUCAGGAAACUGUGCUCAUUUCCACAAAGGCGGCUGGUGGUACAACGCCUGUGCCCACUCUAACCUUAACGGCGUGUGGUACAGAGGAGGCCACUACAGGAGCAAGUAUCAGGAUGGAAUAUUUUGGGCUGAGUACCGGGGAGGUUCCUACUCCUUGAAAGCAGUUCAAAUGAUGAUCAGACCUAUAGACUGAGGAGGAAAAUCCCAGAGUGCUCAAGUGAUCACGUAUAAACUUCUCAGUGUUCGAGUUCCAGAAAAAUAAAAUAUUAAUUUUUAAUCUUUAUUUUGCACAAUCUGCCCCUGCAAAAAGCAGGUCUACAGUUUUCCCAUCUUUUUUCCCCCUCUGUUGUGUUCCCCUCUCCUUUUUUUAGAAACCUCUUCUACUGUGACAGACAGUGUUUUCUUUAAACACACAUUCA